AUGACUUGUGCGAGGGGUAAUGUUCCUGAGCCUCUGAUUGCCUUCAUUGUGGAUCGCUAUCUCUGUCGCAACCAAUUCUCCCAAACGCGAGCGACCUUUCGCAAUGAAGCUUCGACACUCUUUGCCGAUUCACCAGUAAACGAGAAUUUGUUGAGUUUGGAGGGGAUUGUGGAUCAGUAUAUAUUUAUGAAGAAACAGAACAUACUGCUGGAUAAAGAAAAUGUCAUGCUGAUGCAAGAGAAACAUAGAAUCGAAAUGUUGUUGCAAGACUUGCAGAAUGCUUUGGAUAGUUUCAAUGCAAGAUCAUCACCCUUGUCCAAUGCCCCAACCAUGAUACAAAAUUCUGCAGUUGUUCCUCCAAUGCAAUAUUCUAAUAGAAAUAUUCCAGUUGUCUCUACAAGCACGGUUUUUCCUAUGCAAAAUACCAUGUCAUUGACACCUGAACCCAUGGAGAAUGUAAGCUUGUCAUCACCUAUGAUUAGAGUGCCUGACAAAAAGAGAAAAGAUACUCCAACAGUAGAUGGGUGUACAGUUGCAAAGAAACCACGUGGUAGACCACCUGGUAGUAAAAAUCAAGUCCAAGGUAUAAACACAUUGGUACCAACUCCAAGUAAUAAAGUAGAUUUUGGAUCUUCUUCUGCAACAACUCAGUCAUUGGUAGGGAAUGAUGCUCUCAGGGGAUCACCAAUUUCAACUAAUUCAGUUUCCAAAACACUCUGCAUAAUCCAUUCUAACCAAUGUGAUACACAAGUGUCCCUACCUUCUGAUGUAUCCCAGCCCAUUGAGAUUUCUCCUGCUGCAGCAUGUAAUGGGAAGGUCAUUGCCUCUGAGUCUGACAAGGACAAGGAUAGAGACAUUUGGGAGCACCUGGAUUUUUCAAACAUAGGAUUGGACGAGUGGUUCAAAAUUGAUUUUUCAACUUUGAAGUACAAUAGUCAUUAG